AUGGCGUAUCUCCUCCUCUAUGUCGAUGACAUGAUCAUCUCGGCAUCCACUACUGCGCUUCUCCGACACAUCAUCGCGCGGCUUCACGAUGCCUUCGCUGUCAAGGACAUGGGACCCGUGCGGCACUUCCUCGGCAUCAACGUGCAGCGCACUGCAGCAGGCUUCUUCCUCUCGCAAUCGUCGUAUGCUGAGGAUCUCCUCGAGCGUGCUGGCAUGGCUGAUUGCAAGCCGGUCGACACACCAGCCGACGCCAAGCCAAAAGCAUCGACUGCCGACGGCAAGCCGAUCCACGACAUCACCGUCUACCGCAACAUCGCCGGAGCAUUGCAGUACCUGACGAUCACAACGCCCCGACAUCGCGGUACGAUGUCGCUGGGUGUACAACUGCGCACUGCCUCCACGCCGACGAUCACCGCAUACUCCGACACCGACUGGGCUGGCUGCCCGGACACACGCCGCUCCACGUCCGGGUUCUGUGUCUUCUUCUGCGACUCCCUCGUCUCGUGGUCAUCCAAGCGACAAACCACGAUGUCCCGAUCAAGUGCAGAAGCGGAGUACCACGCCAUCGCCAAUGCUGUCUCGGAGUGCUCCUGGCUUCGUCACCUGCUCGGAGAGCUGCACUGCAAAGUUCCUUCGGCGACCAUUGCUUACUGCGACAACAUCUCCUCCGUGUACAUGGCGCGCAACCCCGAUCUGCAACUGAACACGCACGGCGCGCACUCGCUGCGCCCAUGGCUGCGCAGAGCACGCUCCAUCGCUGCAUGCGCGCCCGGCCUCUACGACGUCUGCGCUCCCGCUUAG